AUGGACUAUGCCCUUUGUGAGGCUGCCCGGCACAACAUGGAAGGCAUCACCAGGGCGGUCACCUUCUAUGAUAUCAACUGUCAAUACAACAAGCACUUUCGGGUUCGGGUGGAUCGAAGCCGAUUUCUCGAAAUGGUUCCGGAAUUGACCAUCAUUCCCGGAAUCGGGUUGUGGCACAUCCACAGACAUCAGGACAGCUGCUAUGUCCGAUAUGUGUCGAAUUUUAUCGAAGGCAUCGGUCGGAUUGAUGGAGAGAUCAUGGAGACCCUAUGGUCAUGUCUCAACCUGAUUUCCCCUGCUGCUCGGGGAAUGACAUCCCCGCAUCGAAAGGAAUGUCUCGAUUAUCAGAUGAAUGAUUCCAAUUUCUGCAAGAUGAUCCGCAUGAAAAGGAACCCUUUGCCGAAAAUACAAGCAGGUGAGAAUGGCAUUGCCGAAAGUGAAAAGGCUUUCGACAUACUCAAUGAAGCAGCACCCAGCGAUUCAAAGACAGAGUGGCUAGCCAGCGAGAGGAUCGCUCAGUCCAGCAGAAUAAAUAAUCCUGCGGCUAUGGAUGUAUAUGAGAUUAAUAUCAAGAAGGCACCGAGCAAAAAGGAGAUCGAGCUUAGGCUACUAGAGGAGGGUAAUGCCCGAAAUGCAGCACCUGCUCGCAGGUCUGUGGCGACAUGGAUAUCAAUGGGGUUGGCGAUUGAAGAGGCUCAAAUCGCAUUGCUCAUCGAGGUCCGAAGAAUUGGUAGAAGAACUACCGAGACACAGAAGUUAGACAUCGCCCGGCAACGCGAUCGUCUCCAAGGCCAGAUAGAUGGAUUCACUCGGUCUGCUAUUACGCAUCUCGGAGAGGGAUUUGAUGCAGAUGAUGAUCCUGAAGACUUGUACUUGGACAUUCUUGAUGAUCUCGAUGAUGACUUGGCAGACUUCACCGAGACAUCUGACACAUGGGCAAACUCCCCUGAGCUCACUGUAAUCCCAUUGCCAUCAAACCUCGGG